AUGUCCGGCGAAGAGUUGGCCGUGGCAUGGGAUUCCGCAGUGAGCGGAGGCGACCCACCGAACGGAGACGUGUCCAGCGAUCUCCAGGCGUGGCAGCAGAGCGCUUCUCGCGUGCCUCGGGCACAGCUGAAGGAGGCUCUUGAGUCCGCAGAGGCUCCUGCAUGUCCGCUGCUCGGCGGAGGAAGGGCCUUCGACGCCGAGCUCCGGCGCUGGCAGCCGUCUUUGGCCCAGGCCGAUGACCUGGGUGGAGAGUCAGAGGCCGGAGUCCCUGCACCGGGGACUGUGGACCCGUGGUGCCUGCGGGGCGAGGAGGCGGUCCAAGAGAUACUUGUACUUCGACAUGAGCUGCAUGCCGCUCGAGGAGAGGUCCGCCGGCUCUGGGCACAGCUGGCCGCCCGCGACGGCCGCGUCGCACGCCUCGAAGCCGCGCUCGCGCGAAGCGCGCAGUGCCCCGUCUGCGGAACCCGGCCGAUCGACUCGGGCGGGUGA